UUUUUCCUCAAGUCAAAAAGUUCAUAGAAGAAGAAGCAAACUCCACAACUAGCGACUAUCCCUGUUACUUCAAUUGUCCCCAAAUCCCCACAACCGCCAUACAUGACAUAGCACAAAAAACUGUGUGUUUUGGACAGGAUUCUCAUCCUGUCUAUGUUUAUAUAUAUAUAUAUCUGUACAUAAAAAAAAAAAAAAGAAAAAGAAAAAGAAAAACCAAAAUUGUUACAUAGUUCAUUCAGAUUAAGUGAUGGCAAAUCAAGAAUUGCAACUACAAACCCUAAACCCAACAAUAAUCCCUGGUUUGCCAAAUGAUUUAGCAUCACUAAUACUAAUUUUCAUUCCUUAUUCUCAUCAUUCACGUCUUAAAAUCAUUUGUAAAUCAUGGAACUAUUUUUUCUCAUCAAAAUCCAUCAUUUCUCUAAGAAAAAAACUCUUCACAUCGCCUUUAAUUUGUGUUUUCCCACAAGACCCUUUAAUUUCUUCACCUUAUCUGUUUGACCCCAUAAAUCUUGCUUGGUGUUCACUUCCACCUAUGCCUUGUAACCCUUCUGUGUAUGGUCUUUGUAAUUUUACUUCAAUUUGUGUUGGUUCUUACUUGUAUGUGUUAGGUGGUUCACUAUUUGAUUCAAGGUCUUACCCUCUUGAUUAUCCAUGUCCUUCAUCAUCUGUGUUUAGGUUUGAUUUUGUGAGUUUUUCCUGGGAAGCUUUAUCACCUAUGAUCAACCCGAGGGGUAGUUUCGCGUGUGCUGCGACGCGUAGUAUGGAUAGGAUUGUAGUGGCGGGUGGUGGGUCGCGACAUACGAUGUUUGGGGCAGCGGGUAGUAGGAUGAGUUCAGUGGAAAUGUAUGAUAUUGGGAAAGAUGAGUGGGUCCCGUUGGACGGGUUGCCUAGGUUUAGAGCGGGGUGUGUUGGGUUUUUCGUUGGGAAUGGGGAGGAGAGGGAGAAGGAGAAGGAGAGGGAUGAGUUUUGGGUGAUGGGUGGGUAUGGUGAGUCGAGGACAGUGUCGCGUGUGUUUCCUGUGGAUCAGUAUUAUAGGGAUGUUGUAGUGAUGGAAAUGAAGAAUGGUGGUGGUGGUAAGUGGAGGGAGCUUGGGGAUAUGUGGGCAGAAGGGGAAAGGUGGAGGCUUGGAAAGAUUGUCGUGGUUGAAGAAGAUGAGUGUUCGGACGUUCCUGCAGUUUUCAUGCUCGACCGAGGUGAUAUUUUCAGGUAUAAAAUGGCUUCCAACAGUUGGAUAAAGGAAACAAGUUUGCCAAGGAAAACAUCUGAUGAAGCAUCAUUUGGCUUUGUUGCAUUGGAUGGGGAGCUGCAUGUGAUGACUCAUCUAAGUGGGUUUAAAUUAAAGGAGUGCCAAAGAUUAAGAAGGCAGAAAAGGUCAGCAAAUAUGCCAGCAACUAUUCUUAUACAAAUAUACCAUCCUAGGAAGAAGUCAUGGAGGUCUGUCACUACAAAGCCACCUUUUCAUCACCCUUUGGAUUUCAAAACUGCAGUUAUGUGCACCAUUCGUCUGUAGAUUUAUAUUGUUCCGUUGGUGUGCCUAUGAAGCAGUUAUUUGGUUUAGUAGAUUCUCCUACCUAUUGUGAAUGGUAUUGUAUAGCUUCCAUUGACAUGUUCUUAUUGUCAGAAUUAGUGCUGUAAAUGCUUAACUGUAAUAAAUGUAACUCUUCUUAUUUCUA